AUGGCUCCUGUUAUGGAAAACCCCAUGCAAAUUUCGCCCAUUUCUGGAACGGUACGUGAUUAAAAUUUUUAAUAAAUUACCCUUGAUAUUUAUUUUUGAAGGAUACACCUUAUUUUUAUUUUCAGAAAAACUCGCAAUUUUCCCCAACUGUGGCGCCGAAAAAUGGAAAGGAUACCAAGAUCCUUGCGGGUAAGUUCAUAUCGAGAAUUUAUAUCACUUAUCCUUAACUUUUAAUCGCAACCUAGACUGUUUCGAGUUUUCUAUUCUUCACUUUAAAUCUUGAGAACAUCCCAAAAAACCCAAUUUCAGGAACCGAAACCCAAGCACAAGUCUCUCAAAAGAGGCUGACCUCGUUCAUCUCCGAGCAGUUAAAGAUAAAGUCUGGCUUCACGGCGAAAAUUGAAGAUUCGCUGAAGCAUCUGCAAGAAGAUGAGAAAUUCGUCGGCCGAGUCAACGAGAUUUUGAAAGGUUUGAACAUUUUCCAUUCACAAAUUACAUUCUUUGAUCAAUUGAACUGGGUGAUUGGUUUCAGGACGUCAGCUCAAGACCAAGGACUAUUUCGGAGAAGGUUUUGAGAGAGAUUUUGAAUGCUCUGGAGUCGAGCUCGUUAGUCUCACCAUGUAAUAAUUAGAAGCUUUUUUCAAAAUGCAAUCUUUAUCUAAUUAAGGUUCAAGAAAGCUUCUUCUCACCAUGCCUUAAUAAUCGAUUGCGAGCCUUUUGAACUCGUUCAUAACGGUCUUCUUUUGGUGGCUCGUGUACAGGAUGAAAUGUAUCCUAUCGGAGUCGGUUUUUUUUUUCUGAAAAAUUGACUUCAAGCACUGAAAUACGGAAUAAAUUGACUUAUCUUUCCCCUCAGCGGGAAACUUUUAAAAAACCCUGAAAAAAGCCUGUAAAUAGGACAGCGCAGAGAAAUAAACAAUAAAAAUUGUAGCGGACGGAGUUUUUCAAACUUUCAAAUCCAAACUUUUUCAGAACCUUGUGAUCCUCGACGAUGGACAACUCGUCCAACAACAGGUUCCAUCCAAUUAUGUUGCAGUUCGUUUAAUCACUCAAAAACCUUAUCAUUAAGGAAAAACUUUAGCGAACUUUGGCUCCAGAUGGCCACAACGCAAUCGUCUUCGAAGAGAUCAUGCUAUUCAAGAAAAGGCAUGAUUCUCUCAAACUUGAAAAACAAUCAGAAAAAACUAUUCAGGCAGUCGGUUCCAUGGAACCCCAGGCGGAGCGAUGACUUUUGGACCAGCCGGAAAUUUUUAAACCCUUGCAAAGGACUGAAGCUUCAGUUUUGGAGCACGAAGGUCUUGGAUGUGGAGCUUGAAGCGAAACACAAGUUAGUUUUGAUAUAAAGACAAAAAGUCUCACUCAUCACGACUUGGAUCAGUCUAGCGUGUCUGACAUCUCUUUUCUCUCACAAAGUCACAGGAAAAUAUGAAAUGAGAGUUGAAGAGUGAGCAGACAUUUCAAACUUUUUCCAAGCCAUUGUGAAUGAGUUUUCUUCCGCUUCCCUUCUAAUUAUAGAAAAUUCCAGACAAUUCGCUUCCGAAUUUAUCGACCAGCUGGGUGAAGCUGGCCUCACCACCGAAAUCCCCGACAAUUUGAAGCACUGUGCGCUGGAGCGUAUCGAGAAAACCAUCAUAGAUAUAUCCAAAGCCUCGGAAAAAAUUUCCUUUUUGAUCAUCUAUUCGACAGCCGAUCAGAAGGACGACAUCUCUCGUAGGGGAUGAAAAAAUUUCUUGUUGAACUUUCAAAUUUUAGAAAUCAUCGAGAAAUCAAUGGCCUUUUUAGAUAUACAAAUCCGUCAAAUCGUUUUGGAAGACUUCGCCAAAACGGAAGUCGUCAAAGCAGCGGUUUGCUUAACUUUUCUGGAGCUUUUUUCGCGAAAUACAACAAUUGCAGGUUCAAUUUGUAAGGCGAUUAAAUGUGUCUUGCGGCGGGAUAAACUUCUCGCUCAAGCCGUUUUCGUAUGGAGCAGAGAAUCCGAAGUUAAAACCUUUUUUCAAAGUUUAACCUUCUGGUCCUUUUUUUAGUUACCGGGACUUUCUUAACGGGGAUACAAUGAUUGUCGGUCUCCGGGAAGAGACACACAGGGGCAAACGCGGGGAUCGAACACCAAAAGACUUUACUUGUUUUGGCGUAACAAUUUCAAAUAUUUUUAUUUUUCACCAGUGAUUUCAGCUUUCCUACACACUCGGAUCCGUGGUGAAAACGGGCGGAUUCGUUUUCGUCCAGUUCAAGGAUCCCGAUCAGAAGAACAUGUAUGCUACUGAUCCAAAACUGCGUAUUUAAUGCCUUUUUUUUAAGUCUCAUCGCACAAAGCUUUUUGAAAGCAGUCAAAGUUUUUUUCGAGGAAGCCCAUCGAUUGCCUGUCCGAAUAAUCAUCCAUCGUUCGGGAUUAAACGAUGAUGAGGAAUUAGACAGAGUGAGUCCUUCAGUAUGAAACACAGAGGAAUAUUUGAAGUACUCUAAACGAAGAAUAUUACGGUAUCUCAAAACAUCUUCUUUCCUUUUCUCCUCAGUUUUUCCUUAGGCCUACAGAUAUCAGUUUCCGAGUUUCUAUCUUAUCUCCAAACGAAAACUGCUGAAUCGUCUUCUAUCUUAUAUUAAGACGUCUUUUCUGGCCGCGAUCGCCAAAGCUCUCAGGGACGAGAACGACCUGAGGGUUUACAACUCCCGAAUGAAUUAUUGCCCGGAGCUUUUCCUCUUGUGGUCGCCAAGAAAUGCGGAUCUGUGCGUUUUGGAAAACUCCCAAUUUACAUUCAUAUUUUGCAGGUUCCCGACGAACAACGACCAUGAGAAACUGCGUAGCGGAACAUUUGGCUCGGCUCGGGAGUUCUUCCCCGGAGCCGCACACGGCUCUUUUUUCAUAACGACAGAGAUGAAAGACGGGGUUCGUUUUUUUUGUUCAUCUGAUUCAAAUAGUCAUGUCAAUGACUUUUCCAGGAAGAGGUAACUCCCGACUUCUUCCUCGUACGCAAACACCGGGGUAUGGUCACGGAAGACGAGGAGAGGCGGAUCGGAAUGCUCGCAUUCCUACUGUCGUUUGACCAAACGACAGCUAGACCCUCGUCCGGUCUUAAUGUGGCUAGAGCAGCAAGGAAGCUAUCAAGAAUCUCAGGCGAGACCCUUUUCAGCGUUGUGUGAGUUUUCAAUCUUCAUUUCUUAAAACUUGGACUUUUUACGGACAUUUUUCAUUCUUGAUUUCAAGACCAGAGUAGAAAAGUCCCGACUAAAGUAAUUGUUUCAAACUUGAUCCAUUUACAGGAACGAUGUGAGCAGCGCAAAAGAUUGGAUGUUAAAUGACUGGCUAUUCCGCCGAAUGUCGCAGAAAAGGAGGCCGUUUUGGUUAUGA